AAAAGUGCGCAUGAGCGGAAGCAGAAACCGUUAACUCGAUCGAUCCCGCCGUGCUCGAUCCCCGGCGCGGAACAGACAAAUGGCGUCGGCAGCUGCGGCGCCGGCGGGCGCGGGUCCCGGCUCUGGGGCGUGCACCGGGCUGGAGGCGGCGACCCUGCAGAAGCUCGCGCUGCGGCGGAAGAAGGUGCUGAGCGCCGAGGAGAUGGAGCUGUACGAGCUGGCGCAAGCGGCCGGCGCCGCCAUCGACCCCGACGUGUUCAAGAUCCUGGUGGACCUGCUGAACCUGAACGUGGCCCCGCUCGCCGUCUUCCAGAUGCUGAAGUCCAUGUGUGCCGGGCAGAGGCUGGCGAGCGAGCCCCCGGACCCCGCGGCCCUGUCUCUGCCCGCAUCAGGCGUUCCCGAAGCCCGAGGCCAUUUGACUAAACUUGAUGAAGAGGCUGGGGAAGAACGGGGAUCGAAGGUCCGAACCCACGGCUGGAGUCACCCCAAAAGUGGCGGCAGGGGAGUUCCCGAAAGGGACGGUCCCAAACUGUCCCGAGGGAGAAACAAACUGGCGGAACGCAGCGGCCGAGAGGGCUCCAGCCAGAGGCUGCCCCGCCAGCCCAGUGCCACCAGGCUGCCCAAGGGGGCCGGGACCGGAAAGAGCCCCACUCGGAACAGCUCCUAGGCCAGGAGCAGGGGGUCGUCACGCCAGCCUGUGUGGCUCCACCACCCUCCCAGCUGAGGUUAAGUGCUGUUUUCCUUGGGUUAAAAAUAGCUCAGAAGUGCACUAUCAAGGGUUUGAAUCUUAGAGUUCUGUGUGCUGGUCCUAGUUAAGCUACAGCUGAACUCACGGAGUGACUUGGACCACAGACUUCACACCUCUUGGGCCUGAGAGAAAAAUGCAUGUAUUGUCAGGCCUUCCUUUAAAAAGAAAAAAGUCUUAUUUACUUGAAAGGCAGAGGGAGAGAUCAAUCUUCCAUCCCCUGGUUCACUCCCCAGAUGCCUGCAACAGCUGGGUCUGGGCCAGGAACUCCAAUCCAGGUCUCCCACAUGGGUGGCAGGAGCCCAAGGACUUGGGCACAUGAGCAGGGAGCUGAAUGGGAAGUGGAGCAGCGGGGGCUUGAACUGGCACUCGUAUGGGAUGCCAGUGUUGCAGGCGGCAGCGUAACCCACUGUACAACACCCACCUCGGUGUUUUUCUCCAUUUGCCUCUUCCUAUUUUAUCUAUGCAUGUAGGUAACCCCGCACUGCCACAGGCUAGGUUCUGUUCUGUCUCAUCUCCAACUCUGUCCCAGGAGGUGGAGGCUGUCACCACCCACAUUUGAAAGCAUGAGCUGAAGGUUGGGCGCUGAGCCUGAGACCCCCCCCAGUACAGGUUUCCUCUGCUGUAACACCUGUCACCCCCACAGAUACCCAAGGCCGUCCUCACCUCUGGGGCCUGGGGCAAGGGGAACUGAGCAAAUCUGUUGAUUCUCAUGCUGCUUGCCGUGUGCUGGGUAAUAAACUGUCCGAGGAGUCUUGUGUCUGGCUGGCAUCCACUGAACUGGCAGGUGCCUUCUUAGCUUCCCCGGGGAUA